AUGCUCUGCGGCCUCCAUCAGGUUAUCUUCUUUGCCCUCUUUCUCGUUUUGUUGACAGAUGGCGUGUAUGGAGGGAGUACGUGUGAUCCUGUCGAGGGGUAUUAUGUGCCAAACGGGGAGGACUAUCGGGGGCACGUGAAUGUGACAGAGAUGGGGAUUCCAUGCCGGAAAUGGAGUGAGCAACACCUGCACCUUCACGAUACACCUGUCUCAAGCUCCUUGACGGGUGUGGGAGACCACAACUAUUGCCGAAAUCCCAAUGGACUUGAGCGUCCUGGCUGCUUCACGAUGAACCCUUCCAUACAAUAUCAAUUCUGUGUUGUGGGACCCCCUUGUAACUGGCCGCCACUUGUGGCAAUUUUGCAGUUUGAACCACCGUCCGGCACACAUCUUCGAAUCAACCAACCUGUGAAAAUUGUGUGCUACCCACGUCCUUGUCAAAUUUACUACACAUUGGACGAUUCCAUACCUACAAAUGCAUCGGCUAGUCUCUAUUCACGACCCAUAGUCUUGACUGGGAACGCAACCGUAAAGGUUGUCUCCCUGUUUCCAGCGAUGAAAAUUUUGCGGGGUGAAGCAGUUUACACAUUACCUCCACUCCCAGCUCCAACAAGCGCCUAUUUUAGUCCGUUGCCAUCGGAAGUGCUUCAUGGCCCUGUGCUGGUUUUGCUCAAGGGGCUAAAAGUGAAUGAUGGAGCUCUUAUAUUUAAAAAUGAGGCCCUUCGCGGGUCUCUCUACGAGGGUCCGUUUUGGCUAAAUGAGAGCACAAAUGUGACAGCUGUCAUCAAUAGAGAGCAUAUUGUUCGUGCGAGCUACGUCUUUACGGCGACCGGCAUACCAGUGGAGAUGUACCCGGUUUCAGGGAAAUACAUUGGAGGCGUCUCCUGUCUUGUUUACCAAGCAGAUCCCAAGGCAAGCUAUGCUAUUUCAGUAAAUAAUUCCGUUUGGCAGCCUCUUACUAAAUUUGCUUUUAUUAUGGAUACUGUUGGUACCAACUUGGUGGGAGUGAGGUCGACGUCCUUGGGUGGCCUCAUGAAUGUUGUUUGGCGGAGAUAUGAGGUUGUUGAGGCGGUUCCUCCUCUGUUGUUACCUGCGCCAGAUGUUGUUUACACCCAACCCAUUCGUGUGACAUGCAAGGAUCCCAUGGGGCGGGCAUUGAGAUUGGAGAAGGGUAGCAAGGAGGAGUUUAUCUUUGCCAUCCCUCUUGACGCUCCUGGUCGGUUUUCUGUCAACUGCACCUAUGUGGACGAUCUGCACCAUGCAAGAGUCCAACACGCGGUGUACGAACUUCAGUCUACGCCUUUGCCGAGGCCGUUUUUGCUACCAACGUGUGGCCGAAGUUUCCCCAAGACGCCGCUUCUUCUUGUGCCGACAAUGCUACCUCCACCUGAGGCGGGGAACAAAUGGGAUUUAUCGCGGCUGAGGCUGAAAGCAUCUUCAACCGGCGCCAUACUCCAGCGACUGCUUGGCGGUCACUCAUAUCUCCUCAGGGCGACCCAGACGAGGGGAACAAAUGUCACAGUCACACUGUUAACCAGCUCCUCCUCUCCAUUAGAGGCGGACAGUCCACCUCUUAUUUGUCAGUAUGAAGUGCUGCCGCUCGGUUCCUCUGCUACCCCAUGGUUUGUGGGUCGCCCUGAAAGCGAGGAUCACCCUGGUUGGGUAAGUGUUUUGCUGAGGCAGCUGGCCAGUUGCCUCUCCUUUGGCACAGGAGAACUUAUUUUUGCGGGGACGAUAGGACCCUUUGUGAUGAUUCAGUUGCAGCGUCUACCAACGUCUCUCCGUAUGGAAUACUACACUCGUACCGGUGACUGCCUGCGUGGGGGUUUGUUGGCGGACCUUCGAAACGAAACCAGUGGGUUGAUGCAGUUGGCGCGGCGGUGGACCGCGCAGACGACAUCGUCCUCAUUGGAUGUCGCUACAGCUAUCGGGAUAACAGUUGUGGUGGAAGGUUGGGGGCUUGACUCGGGCGAAUUCCAUCUUGUGCGUCAAGAGUUUCCAUGCAAAGAUCUUGGGAUACGAAACGUCGCAAGAAAAGCUCUGAAUUUAUUUUCUGUACAGCUGUUAUUUGUUGUGGAUACCCCAGGGACUUAUAAGUUAUGUGCAUCCCUCAAUAAUGCCCUUUACAUAGUGCCAUCCGAUGGGCCUUUGACAGUAAAUCCAAGUCAGCUGCCGGUGCUGAAUCCCACGCCAUGUGGCGGCCCUUCAAAGGGUCCUAUAGAUGUGGCGGCACAUAUGACACCACAAGCUGGGCAUUCAUACCUUUUUUUUUCUAUCGAUGCGGCCUUGUGGCAUCGUGUGGAGGCUGAUGCAGUCGUGCACGUUGCCCCUUUGACAGCAUCCAUCACAUCUACGACGCUGGCGGUGACGGCAGGUCAACGUUACGGAGCUUCUGCGGUAUGCGUCUUCUACCUUCCCCGAAAUGAGGUGCCGCAAAGGGUUACCUACAAGUGGGGUGUGACUUCCAUAUAUGAGGGAAGGAGCAACAUUGUUCUUGCUGUGAACGGCAGUUUUUCUGGUGAGAGUCGUGUGGAAUUGCGUGCGUAUAGAUCAGAAAGGAAGGAACACAACGAUUCUGCUCUAGCGAUGGGGGAAAACAUGCUCCAAAGUUCUGUGGCGGACUUUCCUUUUUUUACCUCACUGGGGACGUGCAUGGGCCCCUUUACGGUGUCGGAUCAGCUUUUGACGCUUGUGGGCGGCGCGGAGGAGUCCCCAAUUUUUGUUGUGGCAUCUGUUGAUGGUAUUUCGUUGCAUGCAGAGCCGUUAACUCUGGCUUUAUCGCCUCUAGCUAUUUCCAUGUAUUCCUGCAAGAAUUGUACGAGUGGCUGGUGCUUUCGUGAUGAGUGCGUCUGUGUUGGCGAAACAAAUCGCACCGCAUACUUCUGCGUGGAAAAAACCUUGCCACCCUCAACCCCCCACUCCAAUUUGUUCCGCCUCGAGUUGUUGGUAUAUUUGUUGGUGUUGGGUGCGAUAUGCUCUUUUGUGGGAUUGGCUAUACAUCGUGGGAAUAAGCGACUUGCUAGACAAGCUGAGGGUGAGAGCGUGAGGUAG